UCACAGAGACCUGAAGCCAGAGAACCUUCUCCUGGAUGAGAAGAACAACAUAAGGAUUGCAGACUUUGGAAUGGCCUCACUACAAGUUGGAGACAGUUUGCUGGAAACCAGCUGUGGAUCUCCUCAUUAUGCUUGUCCAGAAGUCAUAAGAGGGGAGAGGUAUGAUGGUCGCAGGGCUGAUGUUUGGAGUUGUGGGGUUAUCCUUUUUGCUCUUCUUGUG